AUGAACCCCCUGGAUGCGAUAUGUGAUGUGAAAAGGAACGACGCCGUGUGCGUCAGUAAUCUGAAGUCAGCCAAGCCGGUUGAUAAAGCUAUCCUUCAGGAGAGACCUGACGUGAAGAUCUUCCUGCCGUUCCGGUUCCACUUCUACAAGCCGAAGGAUUUGUUUAAGGAAAAUACUUACAGGAAUUUCUUAGUGGCCCCAGGCGGCGACCACGUCAUCAGCUUGGUCGACGAGAUCUCAUACAGCGCGCCGCCAGCUCCCCCCCUCUCUCAGAUGCACGAGCUGAACCCUGAGCUAUUCUGCAACGGAGAUAACAGACCUGCGAACUGCCCCGUGGACUGCCGCUGCACACAUAUGAUCGAUGUGCCUCUUAACUCGGUUGUGGAGAUCGUGCUUGUUGAUGAAGUGCAAUCACCGAAUCUGUCUCAUCCUUUCCACCUCCACGGAGCGCCAUACAACGUUAUCGGCAUGGGUCGCUCCCCGGACAAGAACAUUAAGAAAAUCAACCUGAAACACGCCCUGGACUUGGAUAGAAAGGGUCUACUUCAUAGACAAUACAACCUGCCUCCUUUCAAAGACACGCUGGCAGUGCCCAAUAAUGGAUAUGUUGUUUUAAGAUUGAAAGCAGAUAAUCCCGGAUAUUGGUUAUUCCACUGUCACUUCAUAUACCACAUAGUCAUUGGUAUGAACCUGAUAAUCCACAUAGGAACGCAAGCGGAUCUACCGCCUGUUCCUCCGAAUUUCCCUCGAUGCGGUCACCACUUGCCAGCAAUCUCCCCUCCCUACCCUGCGAUACACCACGGAUAG